CCAUCGGAAAUGGACCACCAGAUUUAGAUAUCAUCUCGCCAAGACUGAACACGAGGAAUGAGGUAAGGUAUUGACAACCUUGGGGGCAAGGAGCUGGGAGAUCUGGAUAUAUCAACCUCUUUGAUUCCGCACUUGGGAUAUGGGAUCUCCCUUAUUGCAUCAAGCCAGACAUUCGAUUCCUACUGCUGCUCAUAAUACAAGUUUCGCUUCCGCAGGGAUACAAUCAUCAUGCGCAUGUUAAACCUUUGCACCACACUUAUCAGUCUUCUGCCCCUGGCUCUCGGGGUGCCUCCAAAUCCGUCUUGCUCGGAUUGUCCCGCGUCAACCACGGAGAUUAUCACCACGGUGGUGGCACGCCGAUGUGAUCCAAUCUACACGAAGGUCGACAGCACCUCUCCUGGGGCAUCAUGCUCCUUCAACGACCACACGUGCAUAGUGCCUGAGUGUCUCGCGCUCUCAACGACGACUGCACCGUGUCCAACCAUUACAGACCACUGUUGCAAAGACCUGCCGAAAAUUACGAGCACCUGGUACAAGCCUUGCCCAACCGCAUGCCCGUCGCCGUGUGGUGGGACAAGCUGGGUUGUGGAGAGCGCUGCGGAUUGUCCAACUCCUCUCCCGGCGCGAUGAGGGUGAGUGGUUUGGCAGUCGUGUGGACUGAACGCUCCAAAUUUCGAUGAGAAGUGACUAAUUGAUGGACUGGGGGUAUCGGACAUGUCAUCUAUCUUCUAAAUUGCCAAAUGCGGACUCCAUGGGUAUUUACAGCGAUAACUUAUGUGAUCAGGGAAUGCACAUUCAGUCACUUCGAGCAUCACAGAAGUAGUUUUAAACUGUGUACUGGCACCUAAGUUGUGGUGGCGCUGAUGGCCCAUCGUAUAACUGCUCUUCCAUGACGACUGCCCCAAUCCAGACUCAAAGGGGCGAUUUGAUGGAUGGCGUUUGGGACCAAGUGACGAGCCCCUGUUCUGGGCAAGCCAAAAAUAGCAACCGUAAACC